AUGUCCUACAGCCGCAGCUCCGGGACCCUCUCCUCCCGCUCCCUGGGCGGCUGCCUGCGGUACCCGGCCUCCUCCUGCGGCUCCUUCUACCCCGGCAAUGUCUGCCCCGGCAGCGCCUACCCCGGCAACGUGGCCUACGCCCAGGGCCCCUGCCAGCAGGCCGCCCCUCCCUACGGCUGCCAGGAGACCUGCUGGGAGCCCGCCGGCUGCCCGGCGCCCGGCUACGGCUACAGCUACGGCCGCAGGCCCUCCUCGCUCUGCCGGCCCCUCCAGGCCCCCUGCCCCGGCUCCCCGGGCUGCGGCGGCGCCGGCCUCGGGUCUUUCGGUUACGGAGGCUCCCAUGCCCAGUCUGUGGGCUGUGGGUCCGGCUACUGCCGUCCAACCUACUUCUCCUCGCCCAGGACCUACCAGGGCCCCUCUUUCCAGCCCGCCUGCAGCUCGGGCUGCUACGGACAGGGACAGACGUACUGA